CUUGUCACCCGCGGUCGCGCCUCGGGCGGGGACCGGUGCCCUGGAGCGAAAAGUCUGACGCUCCCCAGUCCCCCGCCCCAACCCACCCCCCAAUCUCCCACCGCCCAGUCCCCUGGCAGCGAUGAGACAGAGCGGCGCCUCCCAGCCCCUGCUGAUCAACAUGUACCUGCCAGAUCCGUUGGGAGAAAGUCUCUUCAAGGAAGGCAAGAGCCCAGGUUGGGGGCCGCUGAGCCCCGCGGUGCAGAAAGGCAGCGGGCAGAUCCAGCUGUGGCAGUUUCUGCUAGAGCUGUUGGCGGACCGCGCCAAUGCCGGCUGCAUCGCAUGGGAGGGCGGCCACGGCGAGUUCAAGCUCACGGACCCCGACGAGGUGGCACGACGCUGGGGUGAGCGCAAGAGCAAGCCCAACAUGAACUACGACAAGCUGAGCCGCGCGCUGCGCUACUACUACGACAAGAACAUCAUGAGUAAGGUGCACGGCAAGCGCUAUGCUUACCGCUUCGACUUCCAGGGCCUUGCGCAGGCCUGCCAGCCGCCGCCCGCGCACGCCCACGCCGCGGCCGCUGCUGCAGCCGCCGCCGCCGCGGCUCAGGAUGGUGCGCUCUACAAGCUGCCCGCCGGCCUCGCGCCCCUGCCCUUCCCCGGCCUCUCCAAACUUAACCUCAUGGCCGCCUCGUCCGGAGUGGCGCCCGCCGGUUUCUCCUACUGGCCGGGCCCGGGCUCCACCGCAGCGGCUGCCACUGCCGCCGCCGCUACGGCCGCCGCUCUCUACCCCAGCCCCGGCUUGCAGCCACCGCCCGGUCCCUUCGGCGCCGCCGUGGCUACCGCCUCGCAUUUGGGGGGUCAUUACCACUAGACAGGGCGGACAGG